AUGGGGCGCCACCCUGCUGUCGCCCAUCCACAGCCCACCCUGCAGGCGGGGCAGCUUUAUCUCCGCGAGUUGCGUGGCCUGGAGGAGCUGCAUGGGCCGGAGCACGAAGAGACCCAAGCGAGCCGCCGCAACUUGCAGCUUUUCCAAGUAAGGCGGUGGGAAAAACCCACAAAUUGCUUUCAAGACGCUCACUGGCCACAUGGUUUUCACUGCAAGUUGUUUUUUUUCUAA